UCUAGCGUCUAGAAAAGUUUUAAUUAAUCUUAAAGAAGCAAUUAAAAAAAUAGGUUUGCCAUUAUUCUUCAUUUCUUUAGUAUUGUCGUCUUAUUAAUGCACAGUGGGCAAAAAUGAUCGCCCUUGCAAACACUUACAAAUGGAACUCCUAAAUUCUUCAAUAUGUGUCCCGUUCUCCACAAGAAAAUUAGUUUUAAGUUCUCUAUUCUUUUUAUAUUUUGCCAUUUAUUCUGCACAUUUUGCUCUAUUCUGUAAACCCCAUCUAGACCCUCAUACAUGUGCGUCACAUGAACACGUCAAUUGUCUUUAUAUGCAUAAAGCUAUGCAAGAGAAAAUCAAGAAAAUAUUAAUUGAUAGCAUAGAUAAACACUUGUUAUUGAGUCAAGUCACAAUGCAAAUUAAAACGAUCCUUAUUCCAAUGUAACAUUGCUCAUAUACAUAUAUAUAUGAACAAAUCUAUGACGUAUUUUCAUCAUAACCUCCCUUUUAGCACGGUUACCAAUGUAUAAAUAAACAAAAAUACAACGGAAAUUAAAAGAACGAACAAAAAUAUUAAGAAAAUUACUGUAUACUGCACGAGACAGUCCUUACGUUCCCGACAUAGAUAAGGAAAUGUGAUAUGUUUGCCAAUGAGACAUCCAUCCACAAAAGACCAACGAUCAAGGGUGUAAACAACUUAAGGUGAACAUAUGGCCUUCAACAAUGUGAGAAACUUAUACCGUAUAGUAAGUUGUAAAAGGCCACAGGAUAUCAAAAGUGAAACAGUUUAAAAGGCAAAACUAAAUGUUCUGCUUGAAGAAAAUUAUAUUACACUGAAAACAAUUAUGACCUACGACUAAAAGAACAACCACAUACUUCGUGAUAAAAACACAUUGACGUAAAGAAUGUUGCGGGGUUAAACAUUUUUGUUAGCUCCUAACCUUUGACAAUGGUGUAACACUAAUCAGUCGAAAAGAGCAUCAUAUUACUACUGGUUUAUUUCCGAUAUAUGUAUUUUGUGUAUUACAGGUAUGUUCAGUUAAUAUAAAAAUAAGGAAGCUUAUAUGUCAAGUGCACUAAUAUAUUUUUUAAUAUUUGGAGUUUUUUUAGGUUAGUUCGCCUGAAAUAACAGUAAAAAGUACGAAGGAACCGUCAGGAUAGUAAUGUUUUCUAUAUUACUACACAGACACGAAUUUAUCAUUAUAAUUCUAGCUGUUCUUUUAAUGACUUUUAUGGUUUGUUUCUAUAUGGAAGUUUUAAAGAAACAGCAACGUUGUUAUGGAUUUCAUUAUAAUUAUCCUCUAAACGAUGUGAAAUAUAUUGUGAAUGAGAUAAAAGACAAAGGCAUGACCUCUAGCGAACCAAUAAAUAAUAUGUACAACCAUUAUACCACAAUAUUCAGUGUCACAUGUUCAGCUGAUAUCGAACUUAUAAUAUUAGUUAAGUCUUCCGUUGGACAUUUUGACCAAAGAGAAGCGAUUCGCUCCACAUGGGGAAAAUGUCAUGGGGAAAAUGUAGGAGUAGUUUUCCUUCUAGGAUAUUCCACCGAGUUUGUUGAACAUGCAAGGUAUGAAUAUGCUGAACACAAAGAUAUAGUUCAAGGUUCAUUUAAUGACGAAUACAGGAAUAACAUAUAUAAAACAUUGAUGGCAUAUGACUGGGUUGUAUCGAAUUGUUCAAACAGCCAGUUUGUCUUUUUUGUUGACGACGAUUAUUUUGUAACUAUACCAAACCUGUUAAAAUUUUCUCGUGAAAAAAUUAGAUCCGGAAGAGAUGUGAUGUUUGGACAUAAGCAGUGUAAUAGAGAUCCGGUGAGAUCAAGAAAAUCAAAAUAUAGCAAAUGGUAUAUAUCAGAAAGAGAAUACCAGCCACUUAUUCUACCGCCGUUUCUUUCAGGUGGAUCUGUUCUAACUCACAUUAAUGUCGUACGAAAAUUGAGAAUAGCAUUUCCUUAUAUGAAACCGAUAUAUCUUGACGAUGUGUAUGUAUCAUUAGUUGCACAGAAAUUAGGUUUAAAGAUAUUACACGACGAAAGAUUUGUCAACGAUGAGGUAAGGAGAAUGGAAUUCAACUUUAUUAUAUCAUGUCACAAUUUUAACAGUACAGAAUAUUUAUACGAAGCGUGGUUGAAAUUCAAAACACCAAACAUGUUUGAUCGCUUAGUUGGUAGUGUUCACGUUGAUCUAUGUAGUACCAACUAAUGUGACAUCCAACGUAAGGUUGAGGUAUGAAAUGGAUUAAUAAACUGGAAUCGACUUGUAUUUACGCUUCGCUCUGAACAAAUAGUAGUAGUCAGUCGGGAACCAGCUUAAUGGAAAAUGAUAUAGAUGUUGCUUCCAAAGAUAGUUGCUCGUAUGCAUGUGACAAAAGUAACGAUAGUUAUGAAGUAUCGACCGUCCUGGCAGUUAAAAGUCUGUUAACAUUGAUAGAAGGUUGCUUUCAAGGCAGUUGUUUCGCUCUAGUCAUAAAACGAUUAAUAGUAAUUAAUUAAACUACUUCAGUAGUUACGAGGCCGGGAAUCUAAGCUUCAUAUGCACUUGUCAUGGGUACUUAGGAACGGAAAAAUACACCACUUAAAUAAAUACCAACAUUUGACACUAUACUUAGACUUCGAUGUCAAGUGGUUGUCAGACUGAGUGUAAAUGUACAACUAUGAUGAAAUCAACAAUUAUAUUAACGAGAUUUUUAACAUCGGUAAAAUAAUGUCGCCUUGAUUGGUCCAAAUAAGAUACAGAUGUGUCAAUGAUGUCCUAAUUUUAAUAAGUUCAUUGUGAUAGAUAAAGCAAACAUACUUUAUUUGCAGAGAACAUUACACCAAUCUGAUAACGGCUAAAACAUGUAGGCUACAGUCUAUCUCUUAAUCUCGGUUUCUAAAAUGUUUCUAUAAAUUAUUUUAUCAACGUUGAAAAACACACAUAUUUCUAUCAAAUUAUUUAAUUUAAAAAAAAAAUUAAAUACGAUAUAGUUUCAUGAUUCUUGUCUCUAAUUUUGCAUUUAACUCCACAGAACUGAGUAAACCAGGAAUAGGUUUUUAAUACAAACUUAAUAAACCUGCAGUGAAUUUUCA